AUGCAGCCCCCGUCUCCAACAUCUUCCUUUCGUGUCAAGCGCGAGUCGAGCGUCGUUUCGUCCUUCUCUACUUCGUCCCGGUCGAGGCGGUCCGAAGGUGGCAACUUCCUUCCUCCGCCGAUCGGCCGAGGCAGAGUGCCCUUCACUCCUGAUCUGGAGAACACUCCCACCCAACUUCCCGACGUUACCGGCCGAUCCGACCUGGCCAACUACAGCACAGCCGAGUAUCUGAAGAAUCUCCUCGAUACGGACGACUCGCUCCCUCCUCCCCCCUCCUCGCCUUCAGACCAAACCUCAUCCGAGCCCUCUCGACCAUCCGCUCUCCCUCGGAUCUCCUCCGGCGCUGCGAGCAGCCUCCUCUCCGAGGCCUUCCGACGCGAAUACUCGACGUCGGCGAAUGACGAGCGCAAGCGCGCUUACUCAACCAUGUACACCGAGGAGGAAGAGGACCGAGCGUCUCGGUCCGUCCGCGCUCCGUCUUAUGCCGGCUCGACGGUCGCCCAGUCCGACUCUGGAGGGAGGAAGAAGUUCCGCUCGGAUAGCCAGCAGCCUGGUCAGGCGCUCAUCCUGCCUGGUCUAGGCGAUGGUCGGACUCGCAACGUCAACGACAAGUCCCUCUACGGCGGUCAAGAUGUCGGCGUCGGAGUCAUCGGCAGUCAGGCAUACCUCGAGACGUGCGAGGAAGAGGCAGCUCUGCAGCAAGAAUGCGAUAUCCCGAUGCCUGAGGCCGCAUGCGACUGGAGUGUCCGUCAGAUCGAAGGGGAAGAGGAAGGGACGCGCUUCAUGGUCGGUCCGCAUAUCGUCAGCCUCGAAGAGGAUCUUCCGCCGCUCGCUACCGAGCACCCAGCCAGGGUGUGGAACUCGGUCCUCCACUCUCUGCCGCAGGAGUUGGUCCCGACGGUGCAAUGGAAGUAUGAGAAGGUCAUGGCUGGGGAUGAUGAAGAUGACGAACCAAUGCACAUCUGCCAACUCACCCUCUCCCUUUCGCCUGACCAUCCGGCUAUCAAGAGUCACCCCUCCUUCUCCAAGCUACCGACCAACAGGCACACCGCCGAGUACAUCACCGCCGCGGCAGCUAUAGGCGGGAGUAAGACUUGGACUGGAGAGGCUAAACCGGUCAAGAGCGAGGCGACCAACUCCGCGCUCUUGGAGUGUAUCUCCUCGGGUGCCUUCAAAUGGCUGCACAGCUCGGCUCUCGAGGAACCUGUCACCGGCUCCGUACCUCGCGAGGCCACCGCAGCUCGUCCAUCUUUCUCGUCGACUCCGCCCGGUCAUUUGAACGAGAUGCUCAUGGGCGAUCCUGCGACAUCUCCUUCCCCCUCAGGCGAAGCAGGCGGAGCCGAGGAUCGCAUUGGGCCCGUCCAAAGGGGAGAGGGUCAGCCUGAGAUGGGUCCGAAGAGCGGCGGGUCGCCGGCGAAUGGUUCCAGCGUUCUCGUUGAGCCCACCCACCCGCCCGCCCCCGGUAUUGGUCGGAUCAAGGCUGCUAUCAGCGACAUGCUCGCCGCCCUGCCAACCUCUGUCAAGCCGGUGUUCUCGCUCACUGUCGAGUGGGAUGCAUAUGCGAACACCUUUGUCGAGCGGCUGCAUACCGGUGCCGACUCCGUCACUCAGCGAUAUUCAGCCAACAGCGACGUCGACUCUCCGACCUUUGGCGCCGCCGUGCUCAAGGCUGCGACCGCUGGUGGGCUCGAAGCGUUCCUCAAGCACUUCGACAAGAUGCAUCGAGCUCUCACAGGUCAGCAGCGCUUAUCGGACUGUGCCGUCUAUAACGGUGCGGACCCCAUCGAGGUGCCGGCGAUGGAUCCUGCGAUUGGGGAGGAUACGCUGGUGGACUGGGUCGAGCAGAUCAAAGCUUUCUGUCGAUCAAACGGUCUUCGGUACCCCGUCUACAGCCAGGAUGUGGAGAAGGUCAGCGGAGCUAUCCAGUUCAGAUCUUCAAUGAAGCUCGAGGAGGACUAUUUCCGUGCCAACUCCACAUACGGCACGAUCCUCCAAGCCAGACAGGAAAUCGCUCGGUGGGUGUUCAGUCAGCACUUCGGUCAGAAAGCCAGUGUGAUCGAGCACGACUUCCAGCACGACGGAGGGUUCAAGGGUGGCCGAGGUGGGCGAGGUGGCAAGCGUGGGAGGGUCCUGUCACAGACUGCCCUCCGCCAGCACGUCCUCGCCAUCCCCAUACCCCUCAUCGCCAUCUGGAUCCCCAACUCCACCUCCACUCGAACCCGCAUGGAAGAUGAUAAGCAUGUUUUCGCCCGCGAAUCUGACCUGUUUGGUCGAGAUCUUAUCCCCGUAGAUCAGUCGGUAGGACAGCAGACGUACUAUCGCUCCCCUUCGCUGUCGUACCUCAGAGAUGCCCACCGCAAGAGUGGGAGGGGGACCAUGGCGUCUUGGCGGUGGGCCCGAAAUGCGCUGGUCGUCGGCCGUAGCGGAUGUACUUCUCGAGAGCGAGGGGGUCUGGGCAGUGCCGUAGGGUGUCUCUGGGAAGCGUGCGCGUAUGCGUGGGCGGGGCUGGCUGUUGCGCAGUGUAAGGUACUUGCUUGGCAGCGAGAGUGGUCUUGUGGGUUGUGUCUUCCUCAACAAGCAUUGUGA